ACCCUCAUCCCCUCGCAUUAACAAAUAAGGCGCCUCUCUGUUGCUUGGCGGCAAAGCGAAGUUCUUUCGUCUAGAAGAGAAGAGAAAACGCCAUUGAAGAUCUAGGGUUUAAUUUUCUUCUUCUUUUUACGUGUAAAGAAGUUAAAACCCUAGAUUUGAACCCCUUGCAGGUUAAUUUCUGCCAACCAUGGUACGUACAAAAGUUGAAAUCAAGAAAAUUGAGGAUAAGGCUAAAAGGCAUACCACUUUCACAAAACGUAGACAAGGUCUGUUUAAGAAAACCAAGGAGUUGGUCAAAAGAUGCGACGCUGAAGCGGCUGUGAUCACGUUUUCUUUGGCUGGCAAUAUCUUUGCAUUCGGUCAUCCCUCUGUUGACACCGUGGUGAAUCGCUACAUUGCUGCCACAUCUGCUCCGGAGAUCGGUGAAGUUGUUCCGGUUGAUGAAGAGGCAGUGGAAGAUGAUGUGACGUUGGGACUGGAGGUGCCACUUGAUGAUAUGGGUAUGGAUGAACUUGAUGAGUUAGAUCGCACGAUGAAAGAGAUGAAGAAGAAAGUUGUUGACAGGAUAGAUGGGAUAGCUUCAGGUUCAAAGAAGUGAGGAGCUUGGAUUGGAUUACUUUACGCAGGUUUAAUCUUGAACUGAAUAUACUUACUUCAUCAAGAAUUUUAGGUACAUUAGUGAAUUCUUUAACCUUCAUACUACUUCUAUGAUUGAUUUUUGAUAUUCUUUUCCUCUA